GGUGACAUUAAUAUGUUUCCAUCAUGGCUACUGCAAACAGUCCGUACAUUUCAACAGAAGGGACAACAAAUGCUAACAGGGCGUGUCGACUUUUACUUGGUCCCUGUACCGAUCAACUGAGAGAUGUUCUUCGCAAAGAGGUUCCACCUUCUUCAUUUGUCGUUGAAAUUAGCAAACAAAAGUAUAAUCUUCCUAGAUUAAAUCCCGAACAAAGGGACCUGAUUUUACCACACGGUGGGUCCUACUCUGGAAAUUAUGAUGACUUUGAUAUUUCACUGUUGUACAUUCUUUUACGGAACAUAUGUAACAUUACACCUCAUAAAAAUGGUUGGGGAAAUGUCCCGGAUGUAAAUGAUUCGUGUCUUUCUGCAAAUAUCGAAAAAAUACGAGUUGUCCGAAACAAUACUGUUCAUUCUGCAAGACCUACCCUCGCAAACAGUGAAUUUAAUGAUAUUUGGACAUCAGUUCGAGUUGCAGUAGUAGAAAUGGAUACUUUUCUUUCAAAUGGAAAUUACUAUGAGAGGGAAGUUGACAUUUUGAGACACACAACAAUGGAUCCCGUCCAAGACAAGCACUACAGAGACCAACUGACCAAACAAUAUGCUGAUGAUCAAGAUACUAAAGAAUACAUUCGUACUAUUGAGGAAAACAUUGGAAGUUACCAGAAAGAAACAGCCGGCAGGAUAAGUCACAUCGAGGGUUAG